AUGGCAAAGAUGCCACAUUCUUCAUCUCUUGCUAUUGUUUUACUGUGUCUUUACAUUAACAUCUCUUUCUUGAAUGCCCUUGACGGUGGUGGCUUUAGUGUGGAAAUAAUCCACCGUGACUCGUCAAGAUCACCAUAUUAUCGUCCCACAGAAACUCAAUUCCAACGAGUUGCUAAUGCAUUGCGUCGUUCCAUCAACCGUGCCAAUCAUUUCAACAAACCUAAUUUAGUUGCCUCCACAAACACAGCAGAGUCCACUGUAAUAGCAAGUCAAGGUGAAUACCUAAUGAGCUAUUCAGUUGGAACCCCACCAUUCCAAAUCUUGGGUAUUGUUGACACGGGUAGUGACAUUAUCUGGCUGCAAUGCCAACCCUGUGAAGACUGUUACGACCAAACCACUCCAAUAUUCGAUCCUUCACAAUCCAAAACCUACAAAACCCUACCUUGCUCUUCUAAUAUCUGUCAAUCAGUGCAAAGUGCUGCAUCUUGCUCUUCCAACAAUGAUGAGUGUGAAUACACUAUUACAUAUGGUGAUAAUUCACACUCACAAGGCGAUCUUAGCGUGGAAACCCUAACUUUAGGGUCCACCGAUGGUUCUUCUGUCCAAUUUCCUAAAACCGUGAUAGGAUGCGGACACAACAAUAAAGGAACCUUUCAACGGGAAGGUUCCGGCAUAGUUGGCCUUGGAGGAGGACCCGUAUCUCUUAUAUCUCAAUUGAGUUCUUCAAUAGGUGGAAAAUUUUCCUAUUGUUUGGCACCGUUGUUUUCACAAUCUAACUCGUCUAGCAAACUCAAUUUUGGAGAUGAAGCUGUGGUUUCGGGGCGUGGCACUGUCUCAACCCCUAUAGUCCCAAAAAAUGGACUAGGGUUUUACUUCCUAACCUUGGAAGCAUUCAGUGUUGGAGAUAAUAGAAUAGAGUUUGGAAGCUCUUCCUUUGAAUCUAGUGGCGGAGAGGGAAACAUCAUAAUUGACUCAGGUACAACACUCACUAUUUUGCCAGAAGAUGAUUACUUAAAUUUGGAAUCAGCAGUAGCAGAUGCAAUUGAAUUAGAGCGUGUUGAGGAUCCAAGUAAAUUUUUGAGGCUAUGCUACCGAACUACAUCAUCUGAUGAACUAAAUGUACCAGUGAUCACAGCACAUUUUAAAGGAGCAGAUGUUGAGUUGAAUCCUAUCAGCACCUUUAUUGAGGUGGAUGAGGGAGUAGUAUGUUUUGCUUUCCGUUCAAGUAAAAUUGGUCCCAUCUUUGGGAACUUGGCACAACUAAACCUCUUGGUUGGCUAUGAUCUUGUAAAGCAAACAGUCUCCUUUAAGCCCACAGAUUGUACCCAGGAGUGA